AUGCCUGGAGAUAUUUACAUUCGUCUUCUGAAGUUGACAAUUCUUCCACUUAUUGCCUCAAAUGUUAUAAUCGUCAUCGCUAAACUGGACCCUAAGGAGAAUGGCAAAAUCAGUUUGAUAUCUUUCCUGUAUAUACUACUCUUUAACAUUCUUGGAUCUAGUAUUGGCGCGGCUGCAGCAAUGGCGAUUGGCCCAGGAGUUAUUUUCACAUGUGUGGCAUUUGGACUGGCUGCAAGCGGUGCAAAGGAAAAGGGAGUUCCUUUUCUGGAAUUCUUCGCAUCUGUCGCUGAAGUGGUAUUAAAGCUCAUUCGAGCAUUUCUUCAAAUCACUCCAAUCGGUGUUUGUUUCAUGAUUGCCGGUUCUGUUGUCAAGGUGGAUGAUAUUGUGGGCAGUUUCGCAAAGUUGGGCCUAUUCGUUGCCACCGUAGUAGUGUCAGUUGCGGCACUAAUGGUCCUUGAAUGGCUCUUCUACUUUGUUUGUACUCGAAGAAAUCCCUUCCAACCAAUUAAAUAUCUUAUGAGAGCCUGGUUCAUCGUCUUUGCCACUACCAGCGCAAUCGUAGGAGUGCCCGAGACGAUCGAAGGUUGUGAUGAAAUGGGAAUUCGAAAGGGGACUUCCCGAUUUGUGGCACCACUUGCAGCCACGCUAAAAGCCGACGGUUCAGCCAUCUUUAUCUCAGCCGCUUCUAUCUUCAUUGCACAAAUGGAAGGCAUCGGUGACAACGCCGGAAAAAUUGUCGUCAUUUGGUGA